UUCUGUUUUCCUCUCAUAGGAAGAAAGCCUGAGACCUCAACCUAUGAAGACGGUGAAGACAAUUCUGAAUAGCAGUAGUGACUGGUGUUGCUGUCAGGCUUGUUCUGCAGAGCAUCUGAAAUGAACCUCUCUUGUUGAUUGAUUGUUUUCAUUGGCCCAGAGCCAGGAGUACUGGAUUCAGUUGACUUCGUAAAUGUAUGAACCAGUGUGAUGGUGAAAUGAGAUGAGGCUCCGAAAUGGAACUGUAGCCACGGUUUUAGCAUUUAUCACUUCGUUCCUUACUUUAUCUUGGUAUACUACCUGGCAAAAUGGGAAAGAAAAACUGAUUGCUUAUCAACGAGAAUUUCUUGCUUUGAAAGAACGUCUUCGAAUAGCUGAACGUAGAAUCUCUCAGCGCUCUUCUGAAUUAAGUGCCGUUGUACAGCAGUUCAGGCGUGUAGGAGCAGAAACAAAUGGAAAAGACACAUUGACUAACUUUUCAGAUAAUACCCUAAAGCUAUUAAAGGAGUUAACAAGCAAAAAAUCUCUUCAAGUGCCAAAUAUUUAUUAUCAUUUGCCUCAUUUAUUGCAAAAUGAAGGAAGCCUUCAACCUGCUGUGCAUAUUGGUAAUGGAAGAACAGGAGUUUCAGUAGUAAUGGGAAUUCCCACUGUGAAGAGAGAAGUUAAAUCUUACCUCACAGAAACUCUUCAUUCCCUUAUUGAUAAUCUGUAUCCCGAAGAGAAGUUGGACUGUGUAAUAGUAGUCUUCAUAGGAGAGACAGAUAUUGAUUAUGUACACGGUGUUAUAGCCAACCUGGAGAAAGAGUUUUCUAAAGAAAUCAGUUCUGGUUUGGUGGAAAUAAUAUCACCUCCUGAAAGCUAUUAUCCUGACUUGACAAACUUAAAGGAGACAUUUGGAGACUCUAAAGAAAGAGUAAGAUGGAGAACAAAGCAAAACCUAGAUUAUUGUUUUCUGAUGAUGUAUGCUCAGGACAAGGGCAUAUUUUACAUUCAGCUUGAAGAUGAUAUUAUUGCCAAACAGAAUUACUUUAACACUAUGAAAAAUUUUGCCCUUCAACUUGCUUCUGAGGAAUGGAUGAUACUAGAGUUUUCCCAGCUGGGCUUCAUUGGCAAAAUGUUUCAAGCACCAGACCUCACUCUGAUUGUGGAAUUCAUAUUUAUGUUCUAUAAGGAGAAGCCCAUUGAUUGGCUCUUGGACCAUAUCCUAUGGGUGAAAGUCUGCAACCCUGAAAAAGAUGCAAAACAUUGUGAUAGACAGAAAGCAAACCUACGAAUUCGCUUCCGACCUUCCCUCUUUCAGCAUGUUGGUCUGCACUCUUCGCUGACGGGGAAAAUUCAGAAGCUUACGGAUAAAGAUUACAUGAAACCAUUACUUCUUAAAAUCCAUGUGAACCCACCUGCAGAAGUAUCUACUUCUUUGAAGGUCUACCAAGGACAUACACUGGAGAAAACAUAUAUGGGGGAGGAUUUCUUCUGGGCUAUAACCCCGAUAGCUGGAGACUACAUCUUGUUUAAAUUUGAUAAGCCAGUCAAUGUAGAAAGUUAUUUGUUCCAUAGUGGCAACCAAGAACAUCCAGGAGAUAUUCUGCUAAACACAUAUGUGGACGUUUUGCCUUUUAAGAGUGAAGGUUUGGAAAUAAGCAAAGAAACCAAAGACAAACGAUUAGAAGAUGGUUAUUUCAGAAUAGGAAAAUUUGAGAACGGCGUUGCGGAAGGAAUGGUGGAUCCCAGCCUGAACCCCGUUGCAGCCCUUCGACUUUCAGUUAUUCAGAAUUCUGCUGUUUGGGCCAUUCUUAAUGAGAUUCAUAUUAAAAAAGUCACCAAGUGAUCAGCUAAGAGACCAACAUAUUUUUUGCUGUAUAUUUGUUGAUUAAAGAUAGUGAAGCAUGUACUUUUUUUUUUUACUUGAACACUACCUCUUGUGAAAUCUACUGUAGAUGAUUGUCAUUUCCGCUCGGAAAGUGAACCUCCCAUGGAUAAUACAUUCAUUCCAACCUAAGCUGUCCUCCAGUUUUAACUUGACUCAGACAUUUUAUAGUUACGACAGCCUGUUAAUAUGACUUGUACUAUUUAGGUAUUAUACUAAUACAUAAGAGUUGUACAUAUUGUUACAUUCCUUAAAUUUGAGAAAAAUUAAUGUUAAAUACAUUUUAUGAAGGGGG